GGCAAAAUAAGUGUUUGAAAUGUUUUGUCGUUUAUUUCAUGUAUCAAUCAAACAUGCAGGCGAAGAGGUAUAAAAACUAAAAUAAUCCGCGAUGACUUUCUUGAUUACUGUUUCGCGGUAUUUUCGCUUGCCGUUGUUGUCAUGGUGAGGAGGAAAUAUGGCGUCAGACGCCGCAACUCUUCACAAACUCUACGGAUUUAUGCAUAUUAAUGCUGUUUAACGACAACAUUUCAUCAAAACACAGAUAUUAUAGCAUGAUAUGCCUGUUAAGGAUCUGGGAACUGUGACCUCACACUGACCUCAUGCCCACUCAGCCUCCCGCUGCCGUCCGUCCACGUCAUGGCACUCGAGCCAAACGUAAAGACCCGGUUUCCAGCAUACUGGCAGCUCGUCCGCAAACCGUGACCCCGUCUGCACAAAACACAGAGGAGGACAUCAGCAGGCUGAGAGGUGUGAUGGAGCGUCUGCAGACAGACAGACGGGUCAGUGAGAGAGAGACGGGUGAUGAGUUCAGUCUCACUGCUGAGCUGAGGUGGAGAAUUAACCAGCUGGAGAAGGAGAAAUUGGAAUGCACCUCCAAACACAAUGAACAGGUGUCUCAGUGUGAGGCUCAGGUCGCUCGGUUGCGUGCGCAGGUGGAGCGCGGCGAGGCGCAGCGGCAGACGCUGGAGUACGAUGUUGCAGUGGCGAGAAGAGACGCAGCGGCGGAGAGGAGAAACGCAGAGGAGAAGAUCAACCAGCUGACAAAACACAAUCACAGGCUGGACGUUCUGAGCUCAGAGCUCCGUCAGAGAGUGUCAGAUCUUCAGAGGUCUUUAGAGAUAACCCAGAGAGCCAGAGAAGAUGACCUGCAGGGCCUCCAGGCGGAGCUGCGUGAGAGAGACCGUCUGCUGCUGACUGCAAAUGCUGAGAUUGACAGGCUGCAGGAUGAAAAAAGCCCACUAGAGGCACUCAUACAGGAGCAGAACGACACUCUGCAUCAGCUGAAAUGUGAAAUGGAGAGAAUGAAGAGAGACGGAGAGAAAGACUCAGAGAAACUGAAGCGUAAAUCCACCGAGCUGAGCCGCAUCACAGAGAGAGAGGAGAAACUGCGCUCUGAUCUGGAGGCUGCUCUGCAGAAGGUGAAAGUGCUGGAGCAGAGUGUGGAGUCUGAGCGAACAGCACACCUGCAGUCCAAAUUCAGCUCCGAGAUCAUCCAGAUGCGUAUGAGAGAUCUAGAAGAUGCUCUGGAGGUGGAGAAGAACACCCACGCUGAGGUCUCGUCCAGUCUGGAGGCCUGGAAGCAGAAGUGUGUGGAGGUGGAGAAAUCAGUGGCUCACGAGAGGGAAAAAUCACAUCACAUGAGCCUGAACAUCACACAAUUAGAAAAGGAUCUCCUGACCAUGAAAACGGACCUGACUGCUCAGCUGGAGAAGGAGAAAGCCGCAUCUGCUGAGCUGAUUGGUCAGUUAGAGCAGGAGAAGGUGGAGUCAGAACAGCUGUCAAUCAAACUGCAGGAGCAGGAGAGGGUGGAGUCAGAGCAGCUGUCAAUCAAACUGCAGGAGCAGGAGAGAGUGUGGAGCGAGAGACAGCAGGAGGUGCAGGAGGCUCUUGUCUGUGUUCAGCAGUCGUAUGAUGGUCUGUUGAGUGAAAUUGAUCAGGUCGUACAGCAGUAUCAGCAGCAGGGGGCGGCACACACUUACAGCACCGGUCAGGGAGGAAUAUGCAACCCAUUGGAUGUCCUGCGACAAACACUACACCACUACAGCACACAGGUGCAGGAAUCUGUGAUAGUGAUGCAGAAGAUAAAUCAUGAGAACAAAUUGAAGGAUGAAACGGUCACUGAGCUCCAGAGGAACAUCCAGGAGUGUGAGGCUCGUGGAGUGUGUGCUAAUGAAGAGCUGAAGCGUUUGCGUGUGUGUGUCGCUGAUGCCGCCACUGAUCUGCGCAGACUCACACAGCAGCUUCAGGAGGAGAAAACGCAACACGCACACACACAUGCACAGAUGAACACACUCCAUCAGCGGCAUCACUCUGAAGACCAGGAGAAGCUGAUGUUCCUGCACACGCUCUAUCAGCGUCUGAUCGCCGGCUGUGUGCUGGUGACGCCCCCGCACUGCAUGCUGGGUAGCUUCUCGUGGGCGGAGCUUAGCGCAGUGGUGCAGGAGCAUGUGGACACGCUGACCUCUGACCUCUCCGCAGCCAAUCAGAAGGUGUCGUAUCUGGAAAAGGUGUCUGAGGGGAAAUCAGCGGCGCUGGAGAGUGUGAGAACACAACUGAGACAACGAGAGGAGAGCUGGGGCAAGCAGAGAGAAGAUCUGAACACGCAACACACACACACCAACAACCAGCUCCAGAUGAAGAUACAGGAUGUGAGCCGGCAGCUGGAGCAGGCCGAGGGGCGUGUCCUGUCUUUGGAGCGCGCUCAGUCUGAGCAGGAGCAAGAAGGGAUGCGUCUGCAGGGGAUAGUGAGCGCAUCUGACCAACAGAAAGUGUGUCUGCUAGCGGCCUGCGGUUUGCUAGCAGGUUGUGUGCGCGGUCUGAGACAACAGGUGUGUUUGCUGGCGAUGCAGAAGGCCAUGCUGCAGGAGCGAGUGUGUGACGCACAGAUCCUGAGGUCAGAGGUCAGCAAGCUGCUGCAUGCGCUGGCUGGCGGUGAGGUCAGAGGUCAUGCCGUGCAUCGGUUUCGUGUGUGUGUGAUGGCAGUGCUAGCGUUGGGUCGUCUGCGGGCUCUGGGUCGCAGGUCUGCAGUGAUGUUCAGGGUGCCGCUGCGCUUUAGGACGCAGACGCUGGUGUGUGUGAACGAGCUGAAGACCAGAGAGGAAGAGGAGGAGAAGAACAGCAGAGUGAUGAAGACACUCUCAGACUCUGAGCUGCUCGCCCUCAUUCACUCCUCCAUGGAGGAAGUACAGCAGGAAAUGAAGAGAAGCGGUGGUGUGAAGGACUCUGGUUUGGCGUCGGCGGCUCAGAUCGGCUGCAGGAAGCUAUUGGAGCGGCUUCUGAUCGAUGUGGACUCACACUGCGCUGGGCAUUAUGGGAAGGACUCAUUGUCACGGCGACUGGGGGAUGGACUGAACGCGCUCACAACUGACCUGAGCACUGAACACAACUACUGUAACAGCGAGGUGAUGGUGGCGUCUCUUCAGAAGCACAUCCUGCAGUUCACACAGCGUCUGCAUUCAGCGGAGGUCGAGCGCAGAAACCUGAGACUGGAGAUCUCCCGCAUCAGACGCACAAACACCUGCGACGACACACACACCGUGUGUGUCCCUCUCCAGCAGUUUGAGAGUGUGUGUGAGGAUCUGAGUAGUGCUCUACAGAGGGAGCUGCGCGCUCAGGCUCUCCUGCAUGACCAGGCCUCUCAGCUGCAGCAGCUGGGCCUCAGCAUGGAGCUGCACACGGGGGACCAGAUGGAGAAAGACCGCACACUCGCACAGGCUGUACAGAGUCUGUCAGAUGCCAAGCAGGAGUUGAGGAGGAAAGAGCAGUCAGUGCGUUCACUGGGGAAACAGCUCAGCCAAUCACAGCAGGAGAACCGACGGCUACAGCAGGACAUCAGCAGCACAGCAAAGAAUGAAGAGGCUCUGAUGAGCUACAUGAAAUCUGUGGAGGAGUGUUUGAAAGAGAUGAAAGAGCAAGUGAUCCUGAGACAGAAAUCCUCACGGCCGGCUGACUUCACCCUGCAGCUCUCAAGAAUCACACUCACACCCCCAGACUCUCAGAGCAUCAUGGGAAACCCCGAAAUGGAUGCAUGUCAGCGUCUGGUGUUGUGCUUCUGUGAGCUGAAUCAGCUGCUGUUCAGUAUAAUCUGCUGUCAGGAGAGACGGAUCUGCUCUUAUGAGUCUCUGAACACUCCACUGCAGGAGUCCAGCCUGAGGGACAAACACUGCACACACACGAGUCCGUCAGCAGAAGUGGAUUGUGGGUCAUCAGACGCUCUGAGAGGAUAACAGACGGUCAGAAACACAGAACAUCAUUUACUGUAAUCUCUUCUCAAUCUCAUUAUUAUAGAUUUACUGAUCUUAUAAAACUUCACACAGCCUCAGGAUUACUUUAUAAAUACAGACGUUUGCUCGAA